GUGGCCUCGCUCUGUCAUGGCGGCGCCCACAGCGGACGCCCCUCAGGGGGUCCCGGACCCCCCCGGGCCCCCCCCGGACGCGGCCGCGGAGGAGCCCGAGGAGGAGCUCGAUUUCCCCCAGUACGAACUGGGCCGCCCCCCCCGCCAGGUCUGGGGGGCGCGGGAGGAAUUCGCGCGGCGCCCCGAAAAUUUCCUGCGAGGCUGCAAAUGGGUGGCCGCCAGCAGCCGGGACAGCCCCGUGCACCUCUGGGACGCCUUCGACGGGAGCCUGAGGGGGUCAUUCCGGCGUGGCCUCACCUUUAUCUCCACCCCCCCAGAGGGCGGGAAUGGCCAGCGAGGCCUGAUUGGCUGCCUGGCCUUCAGCCCCAGCCAAUCGCUGUUCGCCUGCGGCUCCUAUGGGCGGAGCCUGGGGCUGUACCCGCUGGAAGGGGGCGGGGCCGUGGCGCUCUGGCCCCGCCUCCCGGCCGCGCCCACCCAGCUGCGCUUCAGCCCCUGCGGGGCGCGGCUCUACGCCGGUGGGAGGAAGGACCGGCACAUCCUCUGCUGGGACCUUCGUGUCCCCGAGCGUCCCCUCCUGGCGCUGCCGCGGCGCGUGGCCACCAACCAGCGCGUGACCUUCGACCUCGACCCUCCCGUUCCCAGCCUGCACCCCGCGCUGCCGCUGCUGGCCACGGCCUCGGGCCAGCGCCUGUUCCCGGCGCCGUGGGACAGCGACGGUGACAGCGAGGGCACCGAGGAGGGGCCGGCCCCGGGAGGGGACAUCCGGCUGCAGCUCUGGUGGUGGGGACCCGAGGACAGCGGGGACACCCUCGGGGACAGCGGCUGGGACAUCCCCGGGGACAGCGGGGACACCCUCGGGGACGUCGGGGACAGCGGCUGGGACACCCCCGGGGACAGCGGGACCGGCCGUUGUCACCUCCCUGGGGACACUGAGACUGGCCAUUGUCACCUCCCCGUGGACACCGAUUGUCACCUCCCUGGGGACAGAGAGAUUGGAGAUUGUCACCUCCCUGGGGACACUGAGUGUCACUUCUCUGGGGACACUGAGACUGGCCAUUGUCACCUCCCGGGAGACACCACGACUGGCAAUUGUCACCUCCCCAUGGACACCGAGUGUCACCUCCCUGAGGACAGAGGGAUUGGAGAUUGUCACCUCCCCGGGGACACCAAGUGUCACUUCUAUGGGGACACCGGGACCGAUGAUUGUCACCUCCCUGGGGACACUGUGAACCACUGAGUGUCACCUCCCUGGGGACACCAAGACUGGCGAUUGUCACCUCCCCGGGGACACCGAUUGUCACCUCCCUGGGGACAGAGAGAUUGGAGAUUGUCACAUCCCCCGGGACAACAUUUGUCACCUGUAUGGGGACACCUGGACCAGCCAUUGUCACCUCCCUGGGGGACACCGGGACUGGAGAUUGUCACCCGCUUGG